GUCUUUUGAUUGCUGUCUUCAGCCCCAACUCCGAUGUGUUCCGUUAUCGGCGACCAGCAGCCUGCCGUGCCAGCCCCCGUCUGGGUGGGGAUCGGUGGCCAGUCUCCCGCAGCCGCGGCGGGCGAGGUUAUAUAGGAAGAGAAAGAGCCAGGCAGAGAGCGAGGGAGCCAGCAGCGGGCCGAGCGAGGAAGGGAGAGCGCAAGCCCCGGCGCACAGGCACACGCGCUCGCACCCGCGCACACAGCCCCGCGCGGGGACGGCGUGGAAGGCGCUGGGCGCCGCGGACAAGAUGCUGCCGCUGGGGAGACGUCUGCUGGCGGUGCUCGUCUCCGCGCUGCUGCUGUGCCCGGGGCUGGCGUGCGGACCCGGCAGGGGAUUUGGGAAGAGGCGGCACCCCAAAAAGCUGACCCCUUUAGCCUACAAGCAGUUUAUCCCCAACGUGGCUGAGAAGACCCUCGGGGCCAGUGGAAGAUAUGAAGGGAAGAUCUCGAGAAACUCGGAGCGAUUUAAGGAACUCACCCCCAAUUACAACCCCGACAUCAUAUUUAAGGAUGAAGAAAACACAGGAGCGGACCGGCUGAUGACUCAGAGGUGUAAGGACAAGCUGAAUGCCUUGGCCAUCUCGGUGAUGAACCAGUGGCCCGGCGUGAAGCUGCGGGUGACCGAGGGCUGGGACGAAGACGGCCACCACUCAGAGGAGUCGCUGCACUACGAGGGCCGUGCCGUGGACAUCACCACGUCGGACCGUGACCGCAGCAAGUACGGCAUGCUGGCGCGCCUGGCCGUGGAGGCCGGCUUCGACUGGGUGUACUACGAGUCCAAAGCCCACAUCCACUGCUCCGUGAAAGCAGAGAAUUCGGUGGCGGCCAAGUCCGGCGGCUGCUUCCCGGGCUCGGCCACGGUGCACCUGGAGCAGGGCGGCACCAAGCUGGUGAGAGAGCUGCGCCCCGGGGACCGCGUGCUGGCGGCCGACGACCAGGGCCGGCUGCUCUACAGCGACUUCCUCACCUUCCUGGACCGCGACGACGGCGCCAAGAAGGUCUUCUACGUGAUCGAGACGCGGGAGCCGCGCGAGCGCCUGCUGCUCACCGCCGCGCACCUGCUGUUCGUCGCGCCGCACAACGACUCCGCGGCCGGGGAGCCGGAGGCGCGGGCGGGCGCGGGGCCGCCGCCGGGGGCCGCGCCGGGGCGCCGGGCGCUCUUCGCCAGCCGCGUGCGCCCGGGCCAGCUCGUGUACGUGGUGGCGGAGGGCGGCGGGGGUCGCCGGCUCCUGCCGGCCGCCGUGCACAGCGUGACGCUGCGCGAGGAGGCCACGGGCGCGUACGCGCCGCUCACGGCGCAGGGCACCAUCCUCAUCAACCGGGUGCUGGCGUCGUGCUACGCGGUCAUCGAGGAGCACGGCUGGGCGCAUCGGGCCUUCGCGCCCUUCCGCCUGGCGCACGCGCUCCUGGCCGUGCUGGCGCCCGCGCGCACGGACCGCGGCGGGGCCGGCCACGGCGACGGCGCGGGCGGCGGCCACCUGCCCCUCCCCGCGCCGGGUGCGGCCGACGCGCCGGGCGCCGCGGGCGUCCACUGGUACUCGCAGCUUCUCUACCAAAUAGGCACCUGGUUGCUGGACAGCGAGGCCCUGCACCCGCUGGGCAUGGCGGUCCCGUCCAGCUGAAGGCUGGGGAGCCGGGGAGGGCGCGGGGGCGGGAGGGGGCGGGGGGCGGGGGGCGCGACAGCGAGGAACAGCAAAGGACACACGGAAAAGCGCACGGAAUGAGACUUUAAUUAUAAUAAUAAUUAAUAAUAAUAAUAAAGUAGGACAGUCCAAAGUAGACUAUAAGGAAACAGAGACCCCGGGAAGUUUUGUCGUCGUGCUUAGUUUAUAUAUAUUUUUUUGAAUUUUUUGGUUGUUUUAUUUUGUUUUGUUUUUUUUUUUUUCACCUCUCCUGGCUAUUUAUUUGUUUGGUAUGAAUAGAUGUUUUAAAUAAUAUGAACCGGACCUUCAAGAGCCUUAAAUAGUUUGUUUCUCGGAUAAUUUAUUAUUAUCAUGUGAACUGUACUCACGGGGGAAAGAUUAUUUUGUGAGGCCAAGCGACCCGCUCAGAGUCUAUUUUUCUACACGUCCCUCGCCCUAACUUUCAGAAAGCAAAACUCUGCACUCCGCACUCCUCCCUUCCACGCCUGCUUUUCGGCAAGAGUAAACUGAAACAUGCUUCAUGGGGGUCCACAAAUUAUAUUUUUAUACACAGAAUUGUAAAUUAGAUUUUUUGAGAGAUCAAUACUUAACUGAAUGACAUUUCAUUUUUGAAAUAGUGUAAAAUAUGAAAAUAUAUUAUUUUAAUUUAACUAGUUUCCAGUGUAACAGCCACCUCCUGUAUGUCUUCAAGGGUUAAUAUUUGCUCCAUCAUUUCCAUUUUGGCCAUGUUCUUGGAAGUCAAGACUGUUACACACACACACACACACACACACACACACACACACACACCGUUUUUCUUUUUUUCUCUUCUUUUCUUUUUUUCUUUUUUUUCCCUUUUCUUGGACAAACUGGAAGAACUCUGUUAUUUUUAACUUCAAAGAAUUUAUUAGAAAAUAAUAUUUUUUAAAAGCGCACAUAGUGAUAAGCCCACAAGAAUGGAGCCUGUAGUUUGUACAGAGAAAAACAAAGGAUGUUUUUGCAUUAAUAAAUUGAGAAAUUACUGCUGUAAAUUUACUAAAAUGUAUUUUUGAAUAUUUUGUAAUAGUUUUAUAGAAAUAAAAUGUGCCACGCACAGACUGGUUAGUAUAUAAUAACCAAGAACUCCUGUUGCAGCCCCGUUUUCUUUUCUGUUCUGGCUUCUUUGUCUGGGAAACCUGGUGCUGACAGGAGUGCCCAGCGUGACCUUUAGAUGUGUUGCUUAUACUGUGAAUUCAGAUCAGCUUAAGUAGGAAACCAAAGUAGGAAACCAGACCAGCUUGUUUAUUUGCACCGCUGGAGAGACCUCAGCUCUGUUCCUGUUUGUCGUGGGAGCGUGUCUGGGCACUCCAGAGGCUGGGGUGCUGUGUGCGGGAGCCGCUCUGCUCUCACCCCCCAG